AUGAUGUCAAGCAAUGAGAAACUCCACGACAUCGACUUGAAAGCGGAAAAAGAACAGGAAGCAUCAUCAUCAUUAACGUCCUCACUACUACCAUACUCCUCCCAACAAUCCGAAUGGUGGUUUCCCAUUUGGUGGGCUCACAACCGAAUGAGAUGGUCCCAUCUUUCUGCAUGCUUGCGACUGCCCGUGUUUCCGGCCUGUUUGGGAGCAAGGCUUCCAAGCACAACUAUUGGACAAGCGUUACUUUAUACCAUCAUCUUGCUCCAACUACCUGUUGCUUUGUAUUACUCCUUGGUCAUGGAGAGUGGUGGCGAGGAUGUUGUGGAAGGUUCUGGAGGUCUUGCCCAAGUCUCACUUUUGGUAGCCUUUGGUCUGGGACAAAAACAAAUUGCUUCCGUGGCAAUUUACUUGUUCGGACUCAGCUUUGAUCGCAUGAUUCCCUUUCACAAGAUUGCAUCCAUUAUCGCUGUAGCAGUGGCAACCUUGCAUGGAUGGAUGGCCUAUGCGAAUCGAUUCGAUCUCGAUGGGGAUUCCGGCGAUGCGGCCCCCGAUAUUGCAGCUGCUGCGAAUGCAGGUGAGCCAAUGACAUUGAGCAGUGUGGUGGAAUGGUUCAUCACUGGGUCGGACAACUGGUCGGGAACCUAUCUGACUCUAGCCAUGGCGCUCUUGACUGUCACCAGUAUGUUUGCCAUCCUACGUCGCAAAACAUACUACUUUUGGCUGUUAUCCCAUAUCCUGUUCAGUGUGGCACUUCUUGUAAUGGGGAUAAUUCACUUUGGAGUCUCGGUGCCGUUGGUCAUUGCAUGGGCUGCGGAUGUCUUAUAUCGAUAUGCCUACAAGGCAGGCUGGAGGUAUCCCCACAAGGGAACCGUCAAGCAACUUAGUGAAACUGGAAUUGUCCGCCUCUCUUGGCCAAAGACAAGUUCCUUCUUUUAUCAACCUGGGCAGUUUGUCAAGAUUGGGCUCCCAUUCGCGGAUAAGCUUGUCUUUCAUCCAUUGUCAAUCGCCUCCGCUCCUGAAGUGGAUGAGGAUGAAGUGGUAGCCUACGUUCGCGCGUCAGGUCCAUGGACUAAUCGCCUGCUCGAAUAUUCCAUACUGUCGUCAUCCAAUAAGACAAGCAGUAGGGACGUUUCCUCGGGAAGUCCUGACGCUACAAAAGAUGUGCGAUUGUUUGUGGAAGGUCCGUACGGAUCCAUGGGAAUUGACCUGUAUGCACCAGAGCGGAAGCAUGUAGUCUUGUGCAUUGGCGGUGGAGUCGGCGGUUCCACUUGUCUCAGCAUCGCAAAGUGGCUGCUAACAAAGGACAAGGUCGCCAAGCUUCGCUUUGUGUGGUCUGUUCGCGAAUGGGAGCUCGUCAAAGAUGCGUUGCCAGAUGCUUUGUGGCACAACCAUUCUGCAAGCACAGUUGCUAUCAGCAAGCCAAAUUCGAAGUUUGCCCCAUCACAGCUCCUAGAAAGCACACAAAGCGUCAAGGAUGAAGAGAACCAGAGAAGCAAAAGAAACUUGAACAAUGGCAGAAGCGGGCGAUUGGUCGAGACAGACCUGUAUUUGACAUCCGUACCGGCUGAUUCACCACCCUCGGAAAAAACUCCAACUGCGACUGUGUUUCAUGGCAAAAGACCACAAUGGGACCAAAUCUUUGAGCAAACUCGAAAGGAUGCCUUUCGAUUGGGAUAUUCUCGAGUUUCGGUGGUUUGCUGUGGACCGAUGAUUGAAGAGAUACAGCAUGCUUGCCGGAAGUACUCUUGCAGCGAUGGCGAUGACGUCCGUGUCACCUUUGAUUUGCACGAGGAAAGUUUCGAGCUCUAG